CCCCCAGAGCUGAAGGACGGGGCCAAGCGCUUCUCUCAGGGGGGGGUCUCUCACUACCUGACGCUGACGCUGGACGAGGCCGAGACGCUGCUCUACGUUGGGGCCCGCGAGGCCGUCUUCGCCCUGGCCACCGGCACCGUGGAGCUCAAAGCGGCGGGGAGUUUUGACCCCCCCCUUCCCCACCAGACCGACUGCUUCAACUACGUGAGGUUCCUGCAGAGCUACAACAGCUCCCACCUCUACGCCUGCGGCACCUACGCCUUCCAGCCCAAGUGCACCUACAUCGAAUUGUCCGGCUUCACCCUGGACCAAGUGGCUUUCGAGGACGGGAAGGGGAAGUGUCCGUACGACCCCACCAAGGGCCACACCGGCCUCAUCGUGGACGGGGAGCUCUACUCGGCCACCUUCAACAACUUCUUGGGCACGGAGCCCGUCAUCCUCCGCAACCUGGGCCCCCACUACUCCAUGAAGACGGAAUAUCUCACCUCCUGGCUCAACGAGCCCCACUUCGUGGCUUCGGCGUACGUGCAGGAGAGCGCGGCCAGCAGCACGGGGGAUGAUGACAAGGUUUACUUCUUCUUCAGCGAGCGGGCGGUGGAGUACGACUGCUACGCCGAGCAAGUGGUGGCCCGGGUGGCCCGUGUCUGCAAGGGGGAUGUCGGCGGUGCCCGCACGCUGCAGAAGAAGUGGACCACCUUCCUGAAGGCUCGCUUGGUUUGCUCAGCACCUGAGCAGCAGCUCCACUUCAACCGUCUCCAGGCCGUCUUCACCCUCCCGGGGGCCGACUGGCAGGACACCACCUUCUUUGGGGUCUUCCAGGCCCGUUGGGGGGACGUGGAUGUCUCGGCCAUUUGCCGGUACCACAUCCUGGAGGUGAAGAAGGCCUUUGAAGGGCCCUACAAGGAAUAUCGGGAGCAGGCGCAGAAAUGGGGCCGCUACUCAGAUGAGGUGCCCAGCCCCCGUCCUGGCGCGUGCAUCACCGACUGGCACCGCCAGAACGGCUUCGCCAGCUCCUUGGAGCUGCCCGACAACACCCUCAACUUCGCCAAGAAGCACCCGUUGAUGGAUGAGCCCAUCCUCCCCCACCGCGGGCGCCCCCUCCUCCUCAAAAAAGAUGCCAACUUCACCCAGCUGGUGGUGGACAGGGUCUCCGGGUUGGAUGGCACCAUCUACGAGGUGCUCUUCAUCGGCACAGGUGACGGUUGGGUGCACAAGGCCUUGAACCUGGGCUCUCGUGUCCAUCUGGUGGAGGAGCUGCAGGUUUUUGAACCAGCACAACCCGUGGAGAGCCUGGUCCUGGCCGGGCGGAAGAAGCUGCUCUUCGCCGGCUCCCGUUUCCAGGUGGCCCAGUUGCCCCUGGCCGACUGCGGCCGUUACCAGUCGUGCACGGACUGUGUCCUGGCCCGGGAUCCCUACUGCGCCUGGAGCCGCAACGCCAGCCUCUGCGUCCGCACCGACGGCCUCAACGG